GAGAAGCCAAUGAGGCACUGGGGGCGCGUCGCGAGCGGGAGGCGGAGCCAAUGGGCUUUGGGGGCGUGGCCGUAGCGGAGCCUCCGGAUCAAUGGGCGCGGGGGCGGGGCGCGGUGCGGGUCGAUUGGCCCGGGCCGUACCGAGCGGUACCGGGAUGGGGCUGCCGGCGGCGGUCCGGGACCGCGUGGCCGCGGCUCACCGGAGCUCGACGCUGCCCGAACGGCUGCGGCUCUACGACGGCUGGGCCGCCCGCUACGAGCAGGAUGUGGCGGCUCUGGAGUACCGGGCACCGCAUCUCGCCGCCGCCUCGCUCGCCUUCGCCUUCCCCGCGCCGCCUGCGGAGGCGCGGCUCCUCGACGUAGCCUGUGGCACCGGGCUCGUAGCGCGGGAGCUCCACCGGCACGGGUUCCGCUGCCUGCACGGCGUGGACGGCAGCGCGGGGAUGCUGGAGCGGGCACGGAGCACCGGGCUCUACCAGGAGCUGCGGCUCUGCGUCCUGGGCAGGGAGCCGCUGCCCGCGCCCGCAGAGCACUACGACGCCGUGACGGUGGUGGGGGCCCUGGGCGAGGGGCAGGUGCCGAGCACGGUGCUGCCGGAGCUGCUGCGGGUCACCAAGCCGGGCGGCUUCCUGUGCCUGACGACGAGGAGCAACCCCUCGAACCUGCGGUACAAGGCGGAGCUGGAGGCAGCGCUGGGGCAGCUGGAGCAGAGCGGAGCCUGGCAGAAGCUGCUGGCCCAGGAAGUGGAGUACUGGGAGAGGGCCACCACAGAGGAGGAGAGCACCCAGGGCACCGGCUACAUCUCUGGGGUGGUCUACAUCUACCAGAAGUGCCCUGUUCCCCACCUCGAGGAGGGCUGAGAGCUACCACGGCUCUGGAGGGGGGAUGAGCACUUGACCCUUUAUUAAACUGAACCCAGUGACCCCCUCCUGCAGCAGGGCAGCUGCUGGGGGUGACAAUAUUCUGGGGGAAUUUCCCCAUUCCCUUCCUCUGUUCCUUCUCACCGAGGUCUGGGCUUGGGGCCCUUGUCUGCUCCUCAGCACAGGAAGGGUCUCCUGGAUUCACCAGGGUCUCCUGGUCACCGCCUUUAGCUCUGACAUUUAGGCAUUGACCCCAGCACCUCAACGUUCACUGUGACAUCUCACAGACCCACAUGGCUGUUCCAAGGCAUGGGAUGUCUUGGAACAUGGAUGUUCCAGUCUGGGAUGUCUUCUCCCCACCUCACCCAUCUCAGCACUCAUGGUCAACAUCUGGAUCCUUCUUCAUCUCCUACCCCCAGAGUCUUUACCUGGGGAUGGCUGGAGGUGGGUUCCCACCGCUGUGUCCUGUGGCCUCCCAUUCUCAUCCUCCUAGCGACUGAGCCAGCCCUGAGGUGCAGGAGCCUCCACAUCCAGAGUCAAAGCAGCAAUGCCAAGGUGACUCCCAGCUGGAGAGGCUUUCCAAGUGCCACAUCUGCCUUACAUCCCACAACAGCUGCUUGAAUCUCAUUUUCCCACGGCUUUGUAGUUAAUGGUCUGGGAGGGGAAAUGAGUUUGGAAGGGAUAUGGGGAACUGGCAGCUGCUCCCCACCCAGGAGCCACCCAGUACUGCCUGCCCAGCCUGUUCCCCUAGCCCCUUGCUCGGCUGCCUUCACGAUUCCUCCUCCACUGCUUCCUUGGGAAGUUUUUUACCCAAAUCUCUUACUGGAAUAUUUGGUUUCUUUUCAUUUUUCCCUUCCCUCAGACCUGUUCCUGCUCAUCCUGUUCCCAUGUGCCUGGAGAAGAGGUUGCAUCCUUCCCCUCAGGAGCUUUUCCUCAGUGUGAGGCAAUGGCUGUGUCUGUCCCUGUUCCUCACCCAGGACAUCCCACAUCUUCCACACUCACCCUCCCCAUGGCUCUUAUGAACCUUCUGCUUUGUCCCCCAUGUUUUGGGGUCCCUGUACCCAUCAGUAGCUGUCCUACUGCUCCCUCCCCAUUUGUCUCCAACACUGUCCCCCGGGCAGCUGGGGAUUGUGGCUGUCCCCAGCCCUGCACUUGCCUGUUCAAUAAACCCCUG